GAACAUGUAUCUCCACUCUAUAAUCUAUAAUAUCAUAUUGAUGAUCAUUUAAUGAAGUUGUUUAUAAUUCACGAGAAUUACUUAUAUUUUUUUUGAUGAGAUGAGUCGUAUGAGUUAUGUGAUGUUUAUAAUUCAUCGAUAGUUGCUUACAUUAUAUGCCAAGCUGAUAUUCUCUUUCCACUACUAGUAUAAAUUGAGAAUCGACUCCUCUUCAGAAUGCAGAGCAGAGCUGACCUGACCUGACAGUUUUCUCUAUCAUUUUUUUAAGUUUUCUGGUGAAUUUGAAUGGAUUCUAGAAAUGGUUCAGUAUCAGAAACUCCAUUGGAUGCUGAAAUCGGAUCAUUUUUUGAUUCAGCUCCUCCUCUAAAAGACUGUGAUGGGAUUGCCAAGAAAUUGAAGGAUUUCAUUGAAUUCAAUUCUCCGCCACCAGGAAAAGGGAGUCCUACGGGGGUUGUGUGUGUGACAUCUGGUGGCACCACAGUUCCGUUGGAGCAAUGUUGCGUGCGUUACAUUGAUAAUUUCAGUUCAGGCCAUAGAGGAGCUACUUCUACUGAAUAUUUUAUCAAGGCUGGAUAUGCUGUUAUAUUUUUAUAUAGGAGGGGAACCUUCCAGCCAUAUUGCCGAUCUCUUCCUGAGGAUUCAUUACUUGAAUGUUUUGAGUGCUCUGAUGACUCUGCUAUUCAAGUGCGUCAACCAUAUGCUGAAGCAGUGAAGAGAGCCAUUAGUGAUCAUCAUGCUGCUGUAGCUGGAGGUCACCUGUUAAAAAUUCCAUUUACAACCAUAUUUGAGUAUCUUCAGAUAUUACGAAGCAUAGCAAUGUCAAUGAGGGAUCUUGGAUCACAUGCUGUGUAUUAUCUUGCUGCUGCUGUGUCUGACUUUUAUGUUCCAUGGAAGAGCAUGGCGGAGCACAAGAUCCAGUCAGCAUCUGGCCCUCUGGACAUGCGACUGGUGCAGGUCCCAAAAAUGCUCUCAGCGCUGAAGAAAGCAUGGGCCCCCAUGGCCUUCUGCAUAUCAUUCAAGCUUGAGACAGAUUCGAAGAUUCUUUUGGAGAAAGCUGAAAUGGCUCUUAAAAAGUACAGGAUGCAUAUGGUUGUUGCAAAUGAACUUUCGACCCGCAAAGAGGAGGUAACAGUCGUCACUGGUAAUGAAAAGAUUCUUGUAUGCCGCGACAAGACGCAGUCUGAUUCUGAUGUGGAAGAACCGCUCAUCGAACUAAUUGUGGGCAGGCAUUCAGCUUAUGUUAAGGAUUCUGAUUUGUGACUUCUCAGAAAAAUGUAAGUCUAACAAUCAAGCCCAAAUACUCAAAUCCAAAAGCAGCCUUGUGAAGCCCGAGAUCCAUUUGAAGUUUCAGCCACUUCAUCAGCUGGGAUGCCUGAUUAAAUAGAUUUGACUAUGGUAAACCCAAGAACAAUAGUUUUGUCCAUAUCAAGAUAGAUUUGAGUGUACUGUCAGUCUGGGGUGUUUUAAUCAGAUGUGCACUUGGGCAAGAAACUCAAUAAUGAUCCUACCUUAGCCCAUUGGGCAGCGUAUUAAUCUUAACAGAUACGUCAAAUUAAGAA